UCAUCGCCCCACCUAAAGACACGGGAGACGUCAGGUCUGGCGACGCCUCACUAACUACUGCGCCUCACCUCGCCGAAGCUCCAACCUCCAACGUCAACGUCGACCGACCCCGCCGAGCUCCGUAUUCACUGUCGACAUCUUGAUUCGUGCUAUCUCCAGCUGAUUGAGGACGUCUGGGGACGUAUUUGCUGCCAUGUCUCAAUCCCUCCGACCCUACCUGCAAUGCGUACGCAGCAGCUUGACCGCCGCGCUCACCCUCUCCAACUUUGCUUCCCAAACCGCCGAGCGACAUAACGUCCCAGAGAUCGAGGCCCAGACAUCCCCCGAGGUCCUGCUGCAGCCCUUGACCAUUGCGCGCAACGAGAACGAGCGUGUCUUGAUUGAGCCCAGCAUCAACUCCGUCCGUAUCAGCAUCAAGAUCAAGCAAGCCGAUGAGAUUGAGCAUAUCCUGGUCCAUAAGUUUACAAGAUUCUUGACGCAACGUGCGGAGUCCUUCUUCAUUCUGCGGAGGAAACCUAUCAAGGGUUAUGACAUUUCUUUCCUGAUAACAAACUUCCACACUGAGGAAAUGCUGAAGCACAAGCUUGUCGACUUUAUUAUUCAGUUUAUGGAAGAGGUUGACAAGGAGAUCUCUGAGAUGAAGCUAUUUUUGAACGCUCGAGCACGAUUCGUGGCCGAAUCUUUCCUUACACCUUUUGACUGAACCCCUCAGCUGGUUUGAGGCUCGGAGUUUGCUUGGGAGUGUCGGUUGUCGCAAUGUUUCUGUGACCAGGCAAAAGGUAUCUACCAUCCAUGAUAGCGUUGACCUGCAGAGGCUCUGACAGGCGAGCCUCAUGUUGUGGCAAGGAAGGAGGUUCAAGAUAACGACAUUAGACAAACUUUGCCGACCAUACCGAAUUGAAAUGCUGUUCUUACUUGAAUUGAAGCCUCUAUUGCAUCUGACAAUGCUAUCUUUGAGAUAGAGGCUAUGGUGUAGUACCAAAAUGGGUAAGGUGAUCAGGAAGGAGGCAUAAUCGUGAUUGCCUCAUGUCGACACUGGGUCUUUACGUAAGACAUCAACACGUUCUUAAACCAACUACCAUUGUCUCAUC